CAAUACAAUACCAACCUAGCAGACAAUGUUGUUGAUGUUGUUAAUGGAAGGUUGAGGUUGUUUAGGUGUUGAAGCAUCAAAGUGUUUGUUUAGGCACAUUAACAACAAUGGUUUUUUAUUUUACAAGUCAUGUUGUAUCACCGGGAGUCCCGCUGUUUAUGGGAGUGGACCAAUAUGAAAAUGAAGAGCUCAUCAAGUGGGGUUGGCCAGAAGAUGUUUGGUUCCAUGUCGACAAAGUGUCAUCUGCUCAUGUCUAUCUGAGGCUUCGCUCUGGACAGAUGAUUGAUGACAUACCCACAGCAGUAUUAGAAGAUGCAGCCCAGUUGGUGAAAGCAAAUAGCAUUCAAGGCAACAAGAUGAAUGAUGUAGAUGUUAUAUAUACAAUGUGGACAAACCUCAAGAAGACAGAUGGAAUGGAAGUUGGCCAAGUUGGUAUCCACAAAGAAAAGGAGGUGCGGAAGAUACGGGUAGUAAAAAAGAGCAAUGAGAUUUUAAAUCGCCUAAACAAGACAAAGAAAGUUUCUUAUCCAGACUUUCGAGCAGAGAGAGAGAAAAGAGACAGAGAAGAAAGAGAAGACAAGAAAAAACUACUAAGACAACAACGUGAGAGAGAGAAGGAAGAAGAGAAAAGAAAAAAGGAGGAAGCGGAGUUGAGAAGCUAUAGUACAUUGAUGAAGCUGGAGAACAUGACGUCCAACACUUCAGUAGAUGGCAAUGAUUCAGAUGAUUUCAUGUGAAUUAAAGUGAAUAAGCUCUUACAUUCAUGGAUAAUUUACCUCACAUCAGAUUCUGGUUCGUGUGAGUUUGUGUCUGUGACACUGACCAUUGACUCAGCUCAUGACUGCUUCAAAGAACUAGAUAAAUGUGGACAUAAUUGAGGCAAAUUGUUCCAUUCUUGAAACUGAAUGUAAUAAUUAAGAAAUAAAUUACUGUUGUUGUCUAUCA